CAGAGGAGAUUCAGCACAGUACCGCACAGCGAUUCCUCUCACAGCUAAGCUGAGUUCCUGUCCUUGUGCUUUCUGAUCUCUUUGAUAUGCCAAACGGAUCAAGGAUACAAAGAGACGGACGGACAUGCGGUAGAUAGAGGCAGAGCAUGAGAGCGGCGGGGGCAGUAGAGAGACACGACGAGGUUUACCCGGACUACCGUUUUAUCCGCGCACAGAUAUUGUGGAGCUCUCCGACCGGGCUCCGCCGAUGUGCUCGUGUGUUGUAACCUACCAAAGACCACCGAGACCCGAGUGACUUUGUCGCACAGGACAGCCGAGGGUUAGGUGUGCAACAUGGAUAAAACUUUGCACAUUCUCCAGAAAUCCCCAGAGGGUGUACCGACUGGGAUCUCGCUGGAUGUGAGCUUAAAUGUGGACGAAGGGGAAGACUUUACGGAACAAUCGAUCGUGGGACUCACGGACAAAAUACCUUUGGUGAAACCGUAUUUCAAAAAGAAGCAAAGGAAAAUCGACACCAAAUGCCUACACCGCGCCUUGGAAGAGCCCAUCCUGACGUCUCUGCUCAGCGGCGACAUGACGGGGGAUGGUGUUUUUGUGCCGCGGAGUCAGGCGGGGCGCACGCCGGGGAACCUUUGCGCGGCUGUCGCGGCCAAACAGAACUGCAUCGGCCCAGUGUGUGGCCUCAAAGACUCGCCGGUCGCUGAUGCUGCCGCAGCAGGGACUGGCGAUGUGGAGAUGGCCGAUACUACUGCGGAGCUGGAGGAGACGGAGCGGCGGGGGGAGCGACCCAAGGCAGCCCUCAGGGCUGCGGGAAGCACGGGGACAAUAACGUCAGCCAGCAGGGAUGUCCCUCCCAUAGUCGCACCCCAAGCUUCUCACCAGGAGGGAACCAUCAAAAGUAAAGACCGCUCAACUCACCCAAAUCCCCCCCCUGUUAAAGACUUCACUGCCCUCCAGGACUCCCACCCCCUACUCCUGCAAGCCCAACUACCUGACAAAGGAGUGCUUUUUCAGGAUAAAAGUGAAGAGGCCUCCUUGGACCUGGUGUUUGAACUGCUCACGCAGCUUCAGUAUCACACACACCAGUCGGACUCGGUGGACAUUUGUGUGGAUUUCCUCCAAGGACAGUGCGUUUACGGCAGUGACUGCGCCCACCACCACACCGUCCUGCCCUACCACUGGCAGAUCCGCAGGAGCGACACUCAGACGUGGCAAAGCAUAGCCGAUGAAGCCCAGGAACAGCUGGAGAGACUCUACUGCAACCCGGACAAUGACCAAGUCAGACUCAAGUAUCAGGGCUCUGUGUUUUCCCUGGACUUUGGAGCCAUGCGGGUUUGUGACCUGAAGUUUGAUCGUGUCCGCCGACUAUCCUCUCCCGCCAAUCCUCUCGCCAUGCCCGCGAUAAACCCAAGCCCCCCCCCUAGCUGUCACACAGUGUGGAAGUACUACUGCAGAGACAACUUUGGCUGGAGGGAAUACUCAGAGCCUGUGGUGAAGCUUAUAGAGAAGGCAACUCUGAGGGGUCUCAAGGAGGUGCGAUUUAUUACACUCCAGAACCAGUACAUCCUAAACAUCAGGGAGGGCUUCCAGCAGAACGCCAUGUUUGGCUUCAGGCGGCAGAUCAAGAAGCGGCCUAUGUUCAUGUCUUCGGUGAUGCUCGCACCCCACCUAGAGACUUUGGGUGGCAUCUCUUCAUCUCCACUGUCUAGUUCUUCCUUCUCUUCUUUAUUCGCCUCAACAAUGGAUCUCCCGGCGUCGCAGCCACUCUCCCCGACGACCACCAACCCGCCAAGCCUUUUCCCUGAGACGUGGUUGCCCAUGGCCGUCAGCCAAGACUUCCUACAGGUGCCCGUGUCCCGCGACGACCGCAGCUACAGGACCGUGUACAGCUUGUUCCACAAAACGGUGCCGGAGACCAAGUUCAGGAUCAUUAAGAUACUCCGGGUACAAAACCCCUUCCUCUGGGAGAAGUACAAAAGGAAGAAGGAGUACAUGUCCAGGCGUAUGUCCGAGAUGGACCGGCUGCUGAGCGAGCGUCACCUCUUCCACGGCACCUCGGCAGACGUGGUGGAGGGCAUCUGCAAGCACAACUUUGACCCGCGGGUCUGCGGCAAACACGCCACCAUGUUCGGUCAGGGCUCCUACUUCGCCCGGAAGGCCGUUUACUCGCACAACUUCUCCAAGCGCUCUGCCAAAGGAGUCCACUGCAUGUUCCUGGCCAAAGUGCUCACUGGCAGGUUCAUCGUAGGAAACCCUUCAAUGCGCCGACCACCGCCCAUCAACCCCCGCGACGCCUCCAGUGACUUGUACGACUCCUGCGUGGACAACUGGGUUGACCCUCAGAUCUAUGUCAUCUUCAACGACGACCAGAGCUACCCGUACUUCAUCAUUCAUUAUGAGGAGGUACCCAGCACGGUAGCCCUCUAAGCACACUUUCUUUUAGGCUGCUCAGGUGGUUAGCCUCCUUUAACUUCACCUAACGGCUUAAAGCAAAAACACUUUCAAACAAAGCUGUCAAGUGGAUUCAACGGGACUGGGCUCUGUUGUCAAGAACCACAGGCAAGUCCAAACCGGACUCAACUGGAUACAACUGGACCGUUGAGGGGCAACAGUUUGUCACUCACUCAGUGCGUUGUCACAUUGACAUACACGAGAUAACCGUUAAGACCACAUUACUAAUUACAAGUAAACAUUGGAUUUGGAUUGAAACCCCUAUAGCUCCUUUUCCAAUUCACUCUACCCAAAAGUGGAUCAGACAAAAUUCACAAGAGUGUACAUCCAGUACACGGAGAGCAGAACUUACUACUUGAUGAAUGUGUGCAUGUAAACGUACUGAGCAUUCAAAGGUGGAUGGCAGCUGGCAACAACUGUGCUUGGCUGAAGUCUUAAACCACGUAAACUUAACUAGAUCAUUCAAGAAAAUCAAAUAUUAUCCCCCUUAAUCUUUUUCACUUAAUCGUUUGGCUGUAAAUGAACACAGUUCCAUCGCAAGUCACACCGUAGUAGACGGUUGGCUUUUUUGAGUUGAGUAUUUCAAGGAAGCACCAAGCAACUAAAGCUUCCAAUAACUCGGACCACACCGUUCGUUAAAACAAAACAAAUAAAAAAACAACAAAAAAAA